CAUAGGAGUAAACUGCAUUAGCAAGGUCGAAAGUAGGACAAUAACGUAGACUUUGUACUUUAUGCGUGUCCAAAGGUCUUGUUUUCCUGACUACGGUCUCUUGCCUUUUGGAAACAUCACGGGACAAUAGCAGCAGAGUGCUUUGCAUGUCCUAAGCGGUAUUUUCGUGCGUGCAGUGUUAGCAUUUAGCUUGCUUAGCAGUCAUCAUGGCUAUAGUGGGGCUGAGAGCUUCUUACCACAGAAUCCUCGACAGGAUCGAGCAUAUGCUACCGGCUAAACUGAGACCCGUUUAUAACCACCCUGCAGGUCCAAAGACUGUUUUCUUCUGGGCACCAAUGUUUAAAUGGGGUCUGGUCAUAGCUGGCUUAGCAGACAUGACACGUCCAGCAGAUAAACUCAGUACCUCCCAAUCUGCUGUGUUGACUGCCACAGGACUUAUUUGGUCCAGGUAUUCUUUGGUUAUUAUACCCAAGAACUGGAAUCUCUUUGCUGUAAACUUCUUUGUUGGAGGUGCAGGAGGAUCACAGCUCUUCAGAAUAUGGAAGUGA